AUGACUUCACACGACGACGGAAAGUCGCCCAGCGACCUCGCAGAGGUGGAGGCGCACCACUCUGCCAACCCCGACCUCGACGAGAAGGCGCGCAUCUCCAACUUCAAGGCCGAUGCCAUCGAUGCGGAGAAUGUCGAGCACAACAUGGGCGUGCUCCAGGCCGUCCGCGCCUACCCCAUGGCCAGCAUGUGGGCGUUCAUCAUGUCCUGCACCAUUAUCAUGGAGUCCUACUGUGUCUUCCUCAUGGGCAGCUUCAUUGCCCUGCCCGCCUUCGCCAACGACUACGGUAUCUGGAGUGAGGAGAAGCAGAAGCUGGUCAUUGCGCCCAGCUGGCAGUCUGCCCUCCAGGUGGCCGGUCCCAUCGGCGCCAUCAUCGGCGUCUGCAUCGCAGGCCCCAUCACCAGCCGCAUCGGAUACCGCUGGGCCACCAUCUUGGGCCUCAUGCUCCUCAACGCCUUCAUCUUCGUCUUCUACUUUGCCAAGUCGCUCCCCGUCAUGCUGGCCUCGCAGCUCCUCGAGGGUAUUCCUUGGGGCAUCUUCAUCGCCAACUCGCCCGCCUACUGCAGUGAGAUUGUGCCCCUCAAGCUGCGUGCCCCGGCCACGCAGAUGCUGCAGAUGUUCUGGGCCAUUGGCGCCAUCAUCGUCAACGGCGUCACCUACCACUACAACACCCGGCUCGACGAUGCUGCCUACAGGGUCCCCAUUGCCCUCCAGUGGAUGUUCCCCACCCCACUCGCCAUCCUCCUCUUCCUAGCCCCCGAGUCUCCCUGGUGGCUCGUCCGAAAGGGUCGCCUCGAGGAUGCCAAGAAGGCUGUCCGACGUCUCGGACGCAAGUCCGUGGUGCAGAACAUUGACGAGUCCGUUGCCAUGAUGCGUCGUACCAUUGAACUGGAGAAGACCGAGAAGGAGCCCAACCACCUGGAGCUGUUCCGUGGCACUGAUCUCUACCGUACCCUCAUUGUCUGCGGUGUGUACGCCGCCCAGAACCUGACGGGCAACCUGAUUGCCAACCAGGCCGUCUACUUCUUUGAACAGGCUGGCAUGAGUGUCAACACCGCCUUCGCCCUCGGUCUCAUCACCUCAGGCCUGCAGACCAUCUUUGUGAUGCUGUCCUGGAUCCUCACCACCUACCUCGGCCGACGCACCAUCUACGUCUGGGGCUCCGCCAUCAACACCGUACUGCUUAUCGCCCUGGGCAUCGCAGCCUCCUUUGGUGUGUCGACCUCGGCGUCUCUGGCCCAGGCUUCCCUCGGUCUCAUCGUCUCCGUCCUCUUCACCCUCGGACCCGCCCCUGCCUCCUGGGUCAUCAUCGGAGAGACAUCGGCCAUCCGUCUCAGGCCCUUGACGACUGGUAUCGGCCGUGGCUGCUACUAUCUCGUCAACAUUCCUUGCAUCUUCCUCUCGAGUUACAUGCUCAACCCCACGGGCGCAAACCUCGGCGGCAAGUGUGGCUACGUCUGGGGUGGCACCGGUUUCUUCUGCCUGGUCGUCGCUUUCUUCUACCUCCCCGAGAUGAAGGGCCGCUCGUACCGCGAGAUCGACAUCAUGUUCAAGCGCAAGAUCCCCGCGCGCAAGUGGAAGAAGACUGUCAUCGAUGUCAACGACGACGAGUAG